AAAAAAAAUUUUUUUUUUUUUUUUAAAGCCAGGCGUUUAGUCUUAUAAUCUCAGACCCGUCAGAAUUUCUUAAAGCCCUCCAACUCUCAACUUAGAAUUUCUUGGGACUUGCCACUUUAGAAUUUAAUCAAGGUUAGAAUUUUAACGUUGUACAUUUAAGGUGAGCUUUGAGCACCACUACAUCCGUUUUCCUCUGACACACAUCCCGUCUGACAGGAUGCUCUAGUCUCAAAAUAUACUUUAUCUGUCUUCACAGGAAGCCCAUUUCCCUCGACGCACUCGCUUUUCCUCACACACAGGACGUGACGUUCGUCCUACCGGAUAUUUUUGCACCUUAUCGUCGAGUGCUUAAACUCUUUCACUUCCUGGUAAUGCUAAAAAAACAGGAUGUAUUGCGGGAAAUGCAUCCGGUGGCGAGGAGAAUUUUAAACAUUUCGACUGCGUCACAGGAAGUUUUGGAGCUCGCCCACAUCCUGUCUGAUGAGUAUAAAAAAAAAAAAUUUUUUUUUUUUGAACGUUUGCAUUUUUUGAACGUUUGAUAUUUAAGUCGAGCAUCGAGUCGAUACUCUCAGCUCGUCCAGAUUUUCCAGAGCUCUCACAGCUUGCUCAAGUUUGGACCAGUGUUGACGUCGUGCCAUUCCCAUCUAAACAUUUUUCAACGUUGUUUAAAGUUUGAAAUCUUUUAAAUCAUCCGCAGCCUCUACAACUGAUCCAGACCACUUUGGAAAGGACACCCACGAAUCCCAAUCGGCUCUCCAUCCAUUCUUGGCUCUCUUCCCGUGAAAAAAAAAUUAUCGUUCUUUCAAAACAUCCUGUGACACUUCCUGCCUGAGCAGUAUAUAAGGUAGAGCCUUCAGAUCAUUCAGAGCCAGUACUUUGCCUUUGCCAGUUCUCUCUGCUCUUCUAACCAUGGCUGCCUCUUCGGACUUUGACUCAUCGUCUUCCUCCUCUGACGAAGACGAUUUGACCGAAUUGAAUUUCCAGUCGGCGCCUCCUCCAUCACCUCCGACACCCACUUCUAUGGAUAUUGGCCAGACGAAGCUGAUUUCUCCGAUGCCUACCACACCUGAGCCUCAGCUCUUUGAACCCUUGUCACCACCCAUACCUGUGGCCUCACCACCUGCCAACACACUGAAACCCACUCCACGCUCCAUCGUCCAAGUGGCCCCCUCUCAAGCUCAUCCUGCCAGAAUACCCUUGGUCUCGG